CGACUCACUAACUGCUUGCGCUACAGCCGGCCACAACGACAUAUUAUACCUUCUAAAUGUAUUAAAAGGGAAAACAUAGUAAACAUUUUAAGGGGUGCAAAACAAUUACAUCAAACACAAAUACAGAAACAGAUUACAAUAAUUGGAAUCCGAUUUGAGAUUACAACUAAGUAAAAACAUCAACUCGAAUAUUACUAAUUUAGUUGCAAGAAAGCAGCACCAACCAUCAUAUUAAUACAGUAUUUUUAAUUUUUAUAAAAAGGUAAUUUUUUUUGUACUAAAAUAAUUUAUGCUAAAAUUUCUGUUUUUUUUUUAAUUAAGGCGGUCCUUGAAAUUGAGUUUGAUUUUUUAGGGGUCCGCGAACUGAAAAAGGUUAAGAAACCCUGGGCUACAUAAUUAAAAAGUAAACCUUUGCUCAAAAUCUUUCUAUUUCUAUCAAGUAAACGUUCUAUAGGGGGCCAUGAGUGAUUAAACGUUUCAUUUAUAUUGUAAACGAAAGCCAUAUAUCUAUUGUUGACAAUUUGGCCAGUAACCUAUUAAGCUCCACAAGCUGAAACAUUUAUUUCUAAUUACCGAACGCUUUCUGACCCAAAAAUUGAACAAGCACUCGCGGUGUAGGUGCAAUUAAUAGAAAAUCGAUAAGAUUCCAUGAUUUUGUAGCAUGAUCGCCAUUAUCAUCUCGUCAACAUUGUAAUUACAUCGUCUACUUUAAUAUUUCUUUGUCAUAUAUAAAACCUUUUGUUGGCUUGUUUGUAUGGUUACAGUUGAACCAGUCGCCGGGAAAUAUUAAAAAAUAUUUUUUGAAAAAAAUGGAACUCGGCAAUUUUCAAAAGUUUAAAGAAGUGUCUCAUGUGAUAUUCGAUUUGGACGGAACUCUUUUAGACACAGAGAAAUUAUACAGAGAAGCUUUAUUCCACGUGGCAGAACUAUACGACAAAAAAUGUAGCAAUCAUGUCGUGCUAAAAAUUGCUGGGACACCUCAACCGAUGACAGCCAGUAUUGCCAGGGAAGAAUUAGAACUGCCGAUAAACAACCACACCUUUUUGCAACUCUACAAUAAUUUUAUUUUGGAAAGACUGGGAGACUGUGACCUUAUGCCAGGUGCAGAAACGCUGAUCAACCACCUAAACUAUCACGGAAUACCAAUGGCGAUAGCGACAUCCUCCAGCGACAAAGCCGUUCAAAUAAAAACUCGCAAACACAAGAAAUUGUUCCAGGCAUUCGAGCACAUCGUUUGCGGCGACUCCGACCCCGCCGUCACAGUUGGCAAACCUGCUCCGGACAUAUUCCUCGUUUGCGCGUCAAGAUUUAACUCCAGUCCGAGCCCAGGCGAAUGUUUGGUGUUCGAGGAUUCUCUGAACGGCGUUAAGGCGGGUAUUGCGGCAGGCAUGCAGGUUGUAAUGGUUCCAGAGCCUCACGUGCCACACGAAUACGGACAAUAUGCUACGUUAAGGAUCGAUUCGCUAAAUCAUUUGGAACCUGAACAUUUCGGAUUGCCUCCUUACCGAUAAAAUUUGUUAUACAGAAAAAGUAUAUUUAUAAAAUUGUGUCUAUAUUGUCUAUUUAUAUAAAUAAAUUUUAUCACCUUGUAUAAUAAUA